AGCAACUUGAACUAGAAGAUUCAAACUCUUGAAAAAUGUUUUGUUUUUGAGUUUACUUAUUUAACAGUCACAAAUUGGGGACCAUAAGACCACCAUGGAUGAAUAAACUCGAAUGCUUAAAUUUGAAGGAGAAAUAAAGUUUAAAACACCUGAAAAAUGCCAUGGAAGAGCUUCUGUUUGUACUCUCAGGUCAAACAUCUACUUCUCUCUCCCGUUUCUCACUACACAUUCUCCCGCCAAAUAUCAAUUUCCCCAUUACCCAACUUGAAAACUCUGUGUUCCAAUGGCCAACUGAAGGAAGCAUUGCUGCAAAUGGCCAUUUUAGGCCCUGAAAUGAAGUUCGAAGGUUACGAUACAAUCUUGAACGAAUGCGUUAGUCAAAGGGCUAUUAGAGAAGGCCAAAGAGUUCAUACCCACAUGAUUAAAACUUGUUAUUUGCCACCCGUGUACCUCAGAACGAGGUUGAUUGUGUUGUACAAUAAGUGUGACUGUUUAGGUGAUGCACGGGAAGUGUUUGAUGAAAUGCCCCAGAGGAAUGUGGUUUCUUGGACGGCGAUGAUUUCGGCUUAUUCACAGAGAGGUUUUGCGUUUGAAGCCUUGAAUUUGUUUGUGGAAAUGUUAAGAUCAGAUACAGAACCAAAUGAGUUCACUUUUGCUACCAUACUCACUUCUUGCGUAGGUAGUUUGGGAUUUGAAACUGGUAGACAAAUUCAUUCCAUUGCCAUCAAAAGAAAUUAUGAAUCCCACAUGUUUGUUGGCAGUUCACUUCUUGACAUGUAUGCAAAAUCGGGUAGAAUUCAUGAUGCUCAUGGAGUUUUCCAUUGCUUGCCAGAAAGAGAUGUUGUUGCAUGUACUGCUAUCAUCUCUGGCUAUGCUCAAAUGGGUCUUGACGAAGAAGCAUUGAAGCUAUUCCGUCAAUUGCAAACUGAAGGAAUGAAUUCAAAUUAUGUAACUUAUGCUAGUGUUUUAACUGCUCUAUCCGGACUUGCUGCACUAAAUCACGGCAAGCAAGUUCACAACCAUGUUCUUCGGUCUGGACAGUCUUCUUAUGUGGUUCUUCUGAAUUCUCUCAUCGAUAUGUACUCAAAAUGUGGGAAUGUCUGCUAUGCCAGGAGAAUUUUUGAUAGCAUGCCUGAGAGAACUUGUAUAUCAUGGAAUGCGAUGCUCAUCGGGUAUAGUAAACAUGGAAUGGGGAGAGAGGUGCUUGAACUUUUUAAAUUGAUGAGAGAAGAAAAUAAAGUUAAACCUGACAGCAUUACAUAUUUGGCUGUUUUAUCUGGUUGCAGUCAUGGACAGUUGGAAGAUAGGGGGCUUGAAAUAUUUUAUAACAUGGCAAAUGGAAAGGAUGGAAUUGAACCAGAUAUUGAGCAUUAUGGUUGUGUUGUUGAUUUACUUGGGCGUGUUGGCCGCAUAGAAGAGGCUUUUGAUUUUAUAAAAAAGAUACCUUUUGUGCCAACUGCUGCUAUUUGGGGAACACUAUUGGGUUCAUGUCGGGUUCACUCAAAUGUCGAAAUUGGCAUAAUUGUGGGUCAGAAGCUUCUAGAGAUAGAACCUGAAAAUGCAGGGAACUAUGUUAUUCUCUCACAUUUAUAUGCUUCUGCAGGAAAAUGGGAAGAUGUGAGAAAUAUUAGGGACCUGAUGCAAGAGAAAACUGUGAUAAAGGAGCCAGGCCGCAGUUGGGUAGAGCUUGAUCAAGUUGUUCAUACUUUCCAUGCAAGUGAUCACACUCAUCCAAGAAGGGAAGAGGUGGCAAAGAAGGUAAAGGAAUUAUCCAUUAAAUUCAAGGAAGAUGGUUAUGUUCCCGACUUGAGUUGUGUUUUAUAUGAUGUGGACGAGGAACAGAAAGAGAAGGUGCUUCUUGGCCAUAGUGAAAAGUUAGCUUUGGCAUUUGGGUUGAUUGCUACUCCUGAAGGAGCAACAAUCCGUAUCAUAAAAAACCUCCGAAUUUGCGUCGAUUGUCAUAGUUUUGCCAAAUUUGUAUCGAAGCUUUAUGCAAGAACAGUAAUCCUAAGGGACAAAAACCGGUUUCAUAAUAUAGUUGGGGGAGUAUGCUCUUGUGGAGAUUACUGGUAAGCUUUGAAGUUAUAAAUGGUAAAGAGUUCUCGCAUGCUGCUAUACUGCAGUCUAAAAGUUUUUUAUACAUGAACUGAAGUAGCAUAUGAUUCAACGAACGUGAAGAACAGUUAAAGAUCAGCCUUAAUUCACAGUCUGGAAUAUUGUGGUGUUGUGGGAAGAUAUGAAAUCUGAAAAUCUUUUGACACAGAGUUCCGACUUCCAGAUUUUUCUGAACCUAUUGAGUUUAGCAUCAGAGAAACUGCUGCAAUAUUAAGAACAUUAGCAUUUCUCAUCGGCUUGGAGGUUGAAACAAGUCGGGUAUCUGCUGGUGGUGGUGAAAUCAUCCUCCAAUAGCUUGAGAAUCAAGGCUUUUACCUUGAGGAAAUGAACACUAGAAGAUGGACAGGACGUGGAUGUCUGCUGAUGGGAACUGGAAACCUUGUAGAAUAACCAAGAAUGUCGGGAUUCCACCCCGUUUCGACCAGCUUCGAGAGAACAAAAUUUUUAUGGCGGAGUCUGCUGUAUAUUUCUUAAUGUUCCUGCUCAUUAGGAACUUCGACGUUUUGUUAUUAGAUAAUUUUAUGUUUCCGUCUUGGACCUCAAACAUUUGAAACAUGAUUUAUGAAUUAUAAUAAAGUACUAAGGUUACUUUGCAACACUAUAGUGUGUUUAAGGGUUAUAAAGUUUGGUGAUGCAACUAUCUACAAUAACCCUUAAGGGCAUGUUUGGGCCUAAGAUUAGAGUGAGGUGGAGUGGGUUACCUUGUUUGGGGCUCCAACAUUUUUUAGUUGGAGCUACAAUUAUACUUCACACUCUAAUCCUAGGGGAACUGUUCCCAACCCUUAUGAUACAUUGUUUCCAUCUCCUCUGUUCUCCAUCACAUUUCUGUCUGAUCGUUCUCCCUUGAUUUUUCUCCUUUCUUAUCCGAUCGAACACUAUGCUCAGGUUUCGUUCUUCCUUCUCUUUACUUCUCCAGCUUCAGAUCUAGUUUCGUUUUUCCUUCUUUUUACUUCUCCGGCUUCAGAUCUGGUUUUGGCGCCGUCUUCAGAUCUGGUUUCACAUUUCUUGCAUGUUUUUCUUCAGAUCUAGUUUUGCAUUUCACAGAUCUAUAGAUCAUGUCUCUUCCCCUUGUCGCUCCAAACAAUCUCUCUCUCGCCACUCCAAAACUUUGAUUCCCUUUUCUGCUUUAUUCAAUCUUCUCACUCUGUCGAAAUAGACCUUGGAGCUUGAUAGGGGGGAGGUCGAGAUUUGAAGCUUGGAAAGGGGGGACAUCCAGAUUUGGAGCUUGGAAAGGGGGGAGGUCGAAGGUAGUCUUCUUUUUCUCUUUUCCAGCCGAUGAUGAGGUUUUGAAUUAUUUUUUUUCCAAUUUUAGCUCAAAAUUUUGUAAAUCAGUGGACAAAUUAUUUGAUGUUCCUUAUUUUACUUUCAAUUAUUUUGCUUCCAAAUUAUGUUAUUCAUUCUACUAAAUUCAUUCUUUUGCUUUGAAUAACUACUGUCUCUGAAAAUAUAACGAUUUGUUUGUCCAUUGGUUAGCCAAAUUGCUUUGAAUUACUACUGUCUCUAAAAAAUUUUGUAAAUGAGUGGACAAAUUUGUUCAUUUCAGUCUCUGUUUGUCCAUUGGUUGUCCAAUUUGUAACUUUUGGCCUCCAUUUGACCAUUGUUUAUUGUAUAUUGAUUGAUUGCGGUUGUUAGGUACUGUUUACGCAUUCAUCAUUAGCAUAUCUCUUAUUUUUAGGAUGAUUUAUUGUAUAUUGAUGGACAGUAGUUGUUAGGUACUGUUUAUGGUAUUCAUCAUUGCCAUAUCCCUUUUUUUGAAUGGUCUAUUCUAUAUUUACUGACAGUGGUUGUUAGUUUACUAUUUAUCGUAUUCACACAACUAUAUAUAUGUAUCUCACUUCACUUCGACUUAGGUCAAACUCAUUCUAUCUACUUGCUUAAUGCAAUUGGUAUGUUAUUUCUCUUGUUUCCAAUAUUUUCUUAUUGUGUUAUUUCUUUUGUUGGUUUACUGCAUUCAUCUUGUUGGUUUCUCAUUUUGUUGGUAUUGUUUAUUGCAUUCAUCUUGUUUUAUUUUUUGUACUUUAUAAUUAUGCUCUCACUUGUCUUCAAGUAUAAGGACAAACACAUUCUAUCUACUUCAUAAAUGCAAAUGGUAUGCCUUCUCCCUCUUUAUCUAAUAUUUUUUUUUAUUACGGUUCUUGACUAGUAUAUUAAUGUUGUUUAUUGUAAUAUGUUUUAGGGUUGGUCUUAUACAAAUUAGCCGGAUUAAACACUGUUUACCAACUUUCUCUUGCUGAGUCUGGUGAGACUAUUUCUAGGCAUUUCAACACUGUUUUAUUAGCGGUGUUACGAUUACACGAUGUGUUGUUAAAAAAACUUUGCUGGUCAC